AUGCCGCCGAUGAUGCAUGAGGCUGCUAUCACGGGUUCCUGGACGAUGAACAUCCUGAGCUUCUGCGAAAUCGACAUUUUCCCCUUGCUCCGAGUAAUUUGUGCGUCGGAGAUUGUUGUGGAAUUCGCCCGUAGAUUGUAUGAACUGGCAAAUGGAAUGGAAACUGUUUCCCGUGACGACGAUGAUACAGCGGCCAAGCUAUAA